UUGGUCAACUUGCUUAGGGACUAUUUUUAGACGAGUAAACACUUUUUGAUAACACCAGUAAAUAGUAAAUACUUCUGGGUUUUUGAGAUUUGUGUUUACUACAAAGGUGAACUUUUAAAAAAUAGCUGCUAAUUAUUUACCCCAAGUUUUCAAAUUCAUACCAGUUUAAAGAAUGGGUGUUCCAAAAUUUUUUCGUUACAUUAGUGAAAGGUAUCCAUGUUUGAGUGAGUUGGUGAAGGAAUACCAGAUUCCUGAGUUUGAUAAUUUAUAUUUGGAUAUGAAUGGCAUCAUUCACAUGUGCUCCCACCCUGAUGAUGGAAAUCCACAUUUCCGUAUAACAGAAGAAAAGAUCUUCAAAGACAUAUUUCAUUACAUAGAAGUUUUAUUUCGAAUGAUAAAGCCUCAAAAGCUGUUUUUUAUGGCUGUGGAUGGAGUUGCGCCUAGGGCCAAAAUGAAUCAACAAAGAGGUCGUAGAUUUAGAUCAGCUAAAGAUGCUGAAAAACAAGAAAAUGAUGCUCUUAAAAAAGGUGAAGUACUACCCGAGGAAGCCCGAUUUGACUCAAACUGUAUCACACCUGGAACUGUGUUCAUGGCAAGAUUACAGGAACAAUUAAAAUAUUUUGUAGUUGAGAAAAUUUCCAAUGAUCCUUCAUGGCAGAAAUGUAAAGUAAUCUUAUCAGGACAUGAGACUCCAGGUGAGGGAGAACAUAAGAUAAUGGACUACAUUAGAUAUAUGAGAGCACAACCAGGAUAUGAUCCAAACACUAGGCACUGUCUUUAUGGUCUUGAUGCUGAUUUGAUAAUGCUGGGGUUGUGUACCCAUGAACCACAUUUCAGUUUAUUGAGAGAAGAGGUGAAAUUUGGAAAAAAAUCUACAAAACGAAUGAGUGUUCCAGAAGAAAUUACGUUUUACCUUCUACACUUAUCUCUAAUGAGGGAAUACCUGGAAUUAGAAUUUGCCCCUUUGAAAAACAAGUUGAGAGGAUUCGAUUAUGAUUUUGAAAAAAUUAUCGACGAUUGGGUUUUGAUGGGAUUUUUGGUUGGAAAUGAUUUCAUUCCACACUUGCCAAACUUACAUAUAGCAAAUGGAGCUUUGCCUGUUUUAUAUAAAGCAUACAUGGACAUAUUACCGUCUUUGAAUGGGUACAUAAAUGAAGCUGGUGCUUUGAAUUUGGAAAGAUUUGAAUUAUUCAUGGAGAAACUCGGACAGUUAGAUCUAGAUAAUUUUGAAGAAAUAAGGGAUGAUUUGCUCUACAUGGAAGAGAAAACUGGCAGAAAAUACAAGGGACAUUCCAAAGUCUCGACAAAUCUGAAUGGGGAAGAGCUUGAAGAUGAAAAUGAAAGCAACGAACCUUCAGAAUCUCUCGAAUCAGAACAUCCCAGAGAUAGUGGUUUGGCAGCUUUAAUAAAAGAAACUGAAACAUUUGCCAUUUCUGAUGAAGAUGAGGAAACUGAAACGAGUCAGUCUGAAGAAGAUGAAGCUUUCAUCAAUUACAAAAGAGAAUAUUACAGAAAUAAAUUGGAAUACAAGCAAGUUACACCAGAAGUCAUGAGAGACCAAGCCGAGGGGUAUGUGAGAGCCAUACAAUGGAAUUUGAAUUACUAUUAUAAUGGUUGCUGUUCUUGGUCAUGGUAUUAUCCACAUCAUUAUGCCCCUUACAUAUCAGACAUAAAGGGAUUCUCUAAUUUGAAAAUAGAGUUCGACCUAGGCAAACCUUUCUUGCCUUAUGAACAACUACUGGGUGUUCUUCCAACUGCUAGCAAAAACCUCCUUCCUCGUUGUUAUCAUGAGCUGAUGACAGAAGAAAAUUCACUAAUAAAGAAAUAUUAUCCUGAUGAUUUCCAGACUGAUUUGAAUGGAAAGAAGCAAGACUGGGAGGCAGUUGUAUUGGUGCCUUUUAUCGAUGAGAAUCUCCUGCUUGAAGCUAUGAGUUACUGUAAUGAUAAGCUUACCACUGAAGAAAAGAAUAGGAACUCUCAUGGGCCGAUGCUGAUCUAUAUGUAUACUCCAAGAGAUCAAGGACGUUAUGCCGCUCCCGAUUAUUUUCCUGAACUUCCUCAUAAUUACACUGAAGUCAAAAAAAUGUUGUACAGUGACAUCAGAAUUCCCAAAGAGAAAUUGGUGAAGGGUGCAUAUCCCGGUGUCAAGAUGAAUGUUUUUUAUCCGGGAUUCCCAACUAUGAAACAUUUGAAAUACAAGGGAGAAUUGAUGGCAGCAAAUGUGAAAGUGUUUGAAACUCCAAGCAGACAUGAAAAUAUGAUCAUCUCCAUAAUUCCAAAUCAAAAGUUUGCUAGUGAUGCAAUCCCAGUGGAUCUUCUGGGAACUACAAUCUUUGUGGGUUGGCCACAUCUUGUAGAAGCUAAGGUAAUCAUGAUUUCCAAUGCCAAAAGAAAGUUCAUAAGUAUGGGUGGACCUGGUGAAUAUAAUGCAGAAGAUCAACCGUCAUUAAAUCAAUUUAGUCAGGAAAUUCAAGGAAUUACAGAAUACUACCGAAGGCGUUUGGGCAUAAAUUUUGGGGAAACCAAAGUUCUGGUUCAUGUGCAGGUCAUGAUAGGUCGAAAAUAUAUUUUCUCUCCAAACGGUAGAAUAACCUUGGAGAAACAAUUUGCCACGAACCUAUCGCAUUACCCUUUGCAAACCAUUGUAUUCAAUAUAUCUGCAUAUGAUUCACACCAAUCGAUUUUCAAAGAUGUUGAAGAAAUCUUCCGCAAAGGCAGCAUUUGUUAUUCAAUCACAAACCCACAUUAUGGAUCACAGGGAGUGGUAAAAGAUAUCAUACAAACAGACAAAAGCUGUAGGGUGAAAAUAGUACUGUCAGUACUAGAAGAACCAAACUUCAGCAAAAUAACAGAACUGUAUAAUAAAAUGUCCAGAAGUUACAAGACUUCCUACGGUAUUGCAAGUCAAUUGGCCAUUUCCAAUAAUGUUUUCUCAAGAAUUACUGGCUCAGUAUUCAUUUCACUUAAGAAUAAUUCAGGAGAAAUGAAGCAUACUAAUAUAGGUUUGGAUUUAAAAAUGAAUAAAAAGAAUAAGGAGAUUCCUGGAUAUACUAAGAAAAUUGGUAAUACUUGGUAUUAUACAGAGAAAUCCGGAGAACUAGUAAAAUCCUAUGCCGACCAGUUUCCAGAAGUUUUCUUCCAUUUAUCUAACAAUCCCUCAUUUGACAAUAUCAAUGUAGAGAAGAUUUUUGGUGACGACUAGUAAGUGCAUUAAUCUGCAAUUGAACAUUAAACUUUUUCUUAUUAUUAUAUUAAGAGCAGAUAGUUGUUGGUUCACAGGUGGAUCAACCUGCCUAGGAACCUAUGCGACUCCAUGACAUUGCCUUAUAAUUUAAUUGAAGAUGAAUUUCCACAAAAUAAAUAAGUCAUCAAUAUCACAAACUUAUAAUUUUUAUUAUUAAUAACUUCUCAAAAGUGAGAAACUCUAUAUUCACACUUGCUUUUCCAGCCUGAAAUACAGAGUGGCACAUUGCUACCUGAUCCAAAGAUGAAUGUUAAGAUCCUAGAUCGAAUAGUUAAUGUCAGAAUGGGCUUCACGGUACCUUUUGGCCUCAAGGGUACUGUUAUAGGGAUACAAGUGGCUAACACUGGAUCAGAACGAGAUAUUAUGUAUGAUGUUGUAUUUGACAAACCUUUCAAGGAUGGUAUGAAAUUGAACUGUUCGGAGGAUAGAGGAUAUAGGGUACCAAAAACAUCAUUCAUCAAUAUUUCAUACGGCCAGAGGUUGUUGGUGGAAAAAACUGGAGAAACAGAUGAGCUAAUAUCUAAGGCACAGGCAAUACAUUCUGGUAAUGAGAAUGCAAGAGAGCAACCUUCAUUACAACAACAGUGGUUACCUCCUCAACUACAAACGUAUGCUGAACCACCACCAAACCAAACCAAUUUCAAUCAGUCCAACUCGGCUUUUGCUCACUUUACAGGUGCCGUGCAACAAAAAAUGCAACCUACCAAUCAUCAGCAACAGUAUGAAUCUAUUCCAGAUAAAAAAUACAAUAGCAAGCCAUUACAGAGCAACAAUACAAAAGAAAACACGGAGAUCUUAAGGCAAGAAUCUCAUCAAGAAAAGAGCUGUAGAAAGCUUGAAGAAACUAAAUGUGAAAAUAAAAAUAGGCAGCAGCAGCAAGUUUACACUUGGCAAACAGCUUCUGAUCAGUUGUCUAAUUCACAACAGCAAAUUUAUCCUUCUCAAACAACUUCGAACCAAUUUCUUGCUACCCAAAAAGAGAGUUCUACAAGGAGGCAUGAUUCUAAGCAGUGGCAAAACAAACCUUACCAAAAUGUUACCAAACAUAGUACCGUUCAGCAGCAUAAUAGUAACAAAUAUAAUCAGAGUCAACUGUAUCAGAUUUGUGGGAAUGACAGACAACCCCAGAGUUCAAAUCAAGUAAUUUCAUUAGGAAACAACUGUUUCAUGCCGGUUUUCAAAAAUGGUGGUAAAUUCGGAGGAUUGCAAGAAAAAGAACAAAAUAAAAUGACACAAACAGUCAACACAAAUAUCUUGCAAAAACUUUUGAAAAUCGGUGAGAACCCAAAACCCGUCGAUAAAAGGGUGGAUAAAAAUGAGAAAUUGCCCCCAAACCCCAAUAUUGAUGACAAAAAUGUAAUCACUUCACAAAUACCUAUUGGAACAUUCAUGACUGAUGCCGAUACUCCUGCAAGUAUCAAACUUUUGACUUAUUAUCAAACAAACUCUUUGGGUUUGCCUCGAUAUCAAUAUUUUACUACCCAUGACAAAUUGACCCAAGCACAGAUAACUUUGGCUGAUGGGAAAGUAAUCGUCGGAACACCUGCUCCUACUAAAGAAAUAGCCAGCGAGAAUGUUGCCAGUGAUGUUUUGCGCUUCCUAAGUACCGAAAAACAGGCACAAGGUGAAAACAUUAUUCCUUCACCUCCCGAAACCUGGGUGCGCCAAGAAAACGAUCGACAUGUAGGACAGAAAAAGAAAACCACUUUGAAUAACCCAAUGAGUGAUAGUAAGCCUUCACAGAAAAACAGCAGUGAAACUACAGCAGUGCUGAAUAAUUCCUUUGUUCCCUUGCAAGCGGUGAAGAGUCAUAUAAUUAAAACAAAACAGAUGGAGGAGAGUGUCAAGGAAAAUAUAAGAACACAAAAAAAUGUUGCUGGCAUUAGUAAUGAGGAAAGGAAUGUAAAGGAACCAACUUUGGCAGAAAUGAAAAAGAAUAAGCCAAAAAAGCAGAGAAAAACGAGAAUCGCUGCUAAUUUUCUGAACAAGAAAUGAACUGAUACUAUUACGAAAGAUCUGACAAUUCAAAUUUAAAUGAUAACACAUUUGUAUUUGUUUAUCUUUUAUGUGAAAUUUUCAAAAUAAGAACUAAAUGGAUAAUUUUAUUUAUGAGAAAUGUGGAAGAGAGAUGUUCAAAACUAUUUCUAUCUUUUCUGCUCUUUCUCUUCUCAAUGAUUUACUGAACUUACUGUAUUGUUUUAUAGAAAAGAUUAUAUUUUGUUGAAAGUAACUGUGAUGAUUGCAGUUUAGUAAUAUACAAAAAAAUUUAUAAAUUUUCAA